CCCACGCGGUGGCCCCGCCGCGCCCCGCAGGCCCCGCCGCCGCCAUCUUUGUUGGGGGCAGCAGGGCCGGGCGUCUGGAGAUGCCGAAGUCGUGCGCUGCCCGGCAGUGUUGCAACCGCUACAGCAGUCGCAGGAAGCAGCUCACCUUCCACCGGUUCCCGUUCAGCCGCCCAGAGCUGCUAAAGGAAUGGGUGCUGAACAUCGGCCGAGGCGACUUCGAGCCCAAGCAGCACACGGUCAUCUGCUCGGAGCACUUCCGCCCCGAGUGCUUCAGCGCCUUUGGGAACCGCAAGAACCUGAAGCACAACGCGGUGCCCACGGAGUUCACCUUCCAGGGGCCCCCGCAGCUGGUGCGGGAGACGGCUGACCCUGAUGGCCAGAUCGGGGCCGCCUCUGAGAAGGGAGAGGUCCACCCUGAGACGGGGCCCAGCGAGUGUGGCCCGGGGAGGAAGAGGGACACAGCACUCGAGGUGCGGCAGCCGCCCCCGGACGCCGGGGGCCCCCGAGCACAGGGCCAGCCUGGCAGAACGGGAGCCGUGGCCAAGGCCCCGGGGCAGCCGGCCAGCCCCCCGGGGGCCGGAAGACCGCCGUCCACGCAGCCACCGGACCACAGCUACGCUCUUCUGGACUUGGACGCCUUAAAAAAGAAACUCUUCCUGACUCUGCGGGAGAACGAGAGGCUCCGCAGGCGCUUGCGGGCCCAGAGGCUGGUGAUGCGGAGGAUGGCCAGCCACCUCCAAGCCUGCCGGGCCGGGUCGCGGCCAGAGCAGCAGAGCUGAGCCUGACAGCCGGGCUUCCUCCCCGGAGCCCCUGGCCCUGGCGUCGCCAAGAGCCCAGAGCUGCGGCCGCGGGUGAAGGUCAGCGGCAUCGGGCAUGGAGGGGGCAGGGCCGGGAGCAGACCCCCAGGGUCCCCGCUGUCCCCCAACACAAGCUGGGCCAGCGUCUGGGGAACACCCCAAGCCACACGGGCAGGUGCUCCCAAGAGGGGUAGCGGGUGUGGGGUGGCCGGUGGGGGCGCCGGCCGACUCUGGGGCAGCUGAGCCGUCCCCUCUGUCGCCUGGACAGCCCGCUGGCGCUCUGGGGCCGACACUGGCUUCUGUUCUAAGGAGCAGCCCCGGCUGGCCAGGGUCGCGCCCACGGCGUAAUAAAGCAUCUUCCUAGGCCGUGCGUGUGUAGACAAGUGCACCCUGAUUCGCAUUCUCUCUCUCCUGCUGAAGGGCCAGUAGGCCCCGACCACCAUCGACUCCCAAAAAAGUGACCUCACUUAAAAAAGGAGCAGGAAUGCCAGCCUCGGAGACAUCCUAUCUCUGGAGUCCCCGUUUCAGGCAAACGUCUGACAAAACCAAACUGCAGCUUCAGGUUAAGCCUCGUGGUUUAAAAUGCGGUUUAAACAGGAAGAAGACGGGCAGGAUGAGGCCUGGGGGUGGGGGCCACCCUCACUCGGCUCCCUCCUCAGACGCACAGAUGUGCGGACACACUGGCUUUCGGGAAGGUUUCUUGUGGCCUCUGUACAGCCCGCUUCAGACAAAGUGCCGAGCUGGAGCUGGAGCCGGAGCGGCGCAGGGACUGAGGCCACGGCCGAGGGCAGGCCUGGCCACGCACAGCUUCCUGCAUUUCCAUUCAGAGCCGCAGCUCGGAGGAAGCCGCCUAGAAGUGGAGAGAACAUUCCCACAGGACCGAACUGGCUGAGAAAGGGGCCGAAGGAAGGGGUUGUGACGGAUUCCUCUGGGCCCGGGGUCAGGAGUGAGGCCUCUGCCCCUCAGGAAGCCGCCGACCAGUUCACACCAGGCUCUCCAGGAGCAGCCUGGCUCCUGAACUAGUCUGCAACCCAGAGAGGCAAGUGGGGAAAGGGGUUCCUGGGAGCAGACCCCCAGAGAGGGGCCAUGCCUUCUCCGAACCCCCUCGUCCCCCCAGCUCCAGCGUGGGCUCGGGCAGGCUGGGCUGAGGCACGCGCGGGGCUCCUGGGACGCAGUGGCCUGGGACAAGGGGGCCCUGGGACCGGGAGUUACUCCGUCCCAAGCCAGGUGCCCCUGGGAUGACUCGAGACGUUCUGAGAGGGGCGAAAGAGAGACUCGUGUUCAGAAUCAUUUGUUCUCAGAUAAAAAGCAGAUUUAUAAACCCA